AAAUAUUUACUUCACGUCAGUUCCUGGUUUGGCCACUUGGGGGCGCCGACGUUCAACCUGCGCAGCCCACGUUGCGUAAGCGUCGAUUGCCGAGUCAUGGAUCGCUGUUUUCACGUCACAAGGACACCGGUUUUGGGGAGCGGAGGCGGGCACAAUUGCUGGGAGGGAAACAAAUGAACGAUAUGCAGAAACUUACAUUUUAGCUUGUUCUGCUUAUAAGGCGGCGGUUCGAGUCAAAGAAGUGGUGACGAAAAGUCGGGUCGCCUAGCUUGAGUGGAGCGAUUCCAUUUGAACGAGAGCCUUCUUCACCUGCAAAGCUGCAGCCAUGCUCAUCCAGAGCUACUGUGAGGUGAACACCUCCUUCUCCCAUACCUGGCUGGAUGGGGGCCUCUCCCCCUGCUUCUACUUCACCCUGGUCCCCACCAUCCUGCUCAGCAUCUCCUUCCUCCUCGGCACCCUCCACUGCGUCUUCUACCAGAAGUUCGGCACGGUGAUGGAGCCCAAGUUCAUCCCACGCUCCCGCCUCUACGGUUUCCAGCUGGCCCUCACCGUCCUCCUCCUGCUCCAGUUUCUGGCUGGGAUGGUCUGGCAGGCUGUCGGCGCAGGAGAGCUCCCGGGCUACGUGGUGCUGUACGGCUGCUUCUCCACUCUGGGGUGGGCCUGGGCCUUGGCCCUGCUCAGGGUGGAGAGGCGGAGGGUCCUCUUGAUGGACCGGACCAGGGGACACAGUGCUGUCCUGUUGGUGUUCUGGGCCGUGGCUUUCUCAGCGGAGAACUUGGCCUUCAUCUCCUGGUCCAGUCCUCACUGGUGGUGGGGGCUGGAGAACAACCAGCAGCAGUGAAUGAUCUGACCAGUGGCUCCAGCUGGAACACAGUAUCCGUCACAGURGGCGUGUAUGUUGUGCUCAAAUUCCUGCAGGGUGGAGGUGCAGGUUCCUCCGGUUUUGUCAGUAAUUUGCGCAGUUUCCUCUGGAUCCGGGUGCAGCAGUUCACCAAUCGCGUGGUUCAAGUUCGCCUGUUUGGCCACCUGCAUGCCCUGUCUCUGCGCUGGCAUCUGGGCCGCAAAACAGGCGACGUGCURAGAAGCAUCGACCGUGGAACGUCCUCCAUCAACAGCCUGCUCAGCUACAUAGUGUUCAGCAUCUUUCCAACAAUCGCUGACAUCGUCAUUUCCAUCAUCUACUUCAGCACAAAUUUCAACGCCUGGUUUGGCCUCAUUGUCUUCAUCUGCAUGACCGUGUACCUAACUUUGACCAUCAUAAUCACAGAGUGGAGAACCAAGUACAGGCGAGACAUGAAUCUGCAGGACAACGCUGCCAAGUCGAGAGCUGUGGACUCCUUGUUAAACUUUGAGACGGUAAAGUACUACAACGCAGAGGUUUAUGAGGUCGGACGUUUUGAGGACGCCAUCUUGAAGUAUCAGUCCUCGGAGUGGAAAACUCAGGCUUCCCUGGCUUUACUCAACCAAACCCAGAACGUGGUCAUCGGCUCGGGUCUGCUGGCCGGCUCCCUGCUCUGUGCCUACUUCGUCACAGAGGGAAAGUUUCAGGUUGGAGACUUUGUUCUCUUUGGCACUUAUAUCAUCCAACUCUACACCCCUCUGAACUGGUUUGGAACAUAUUACAGAAUGAUCCAAAAUUCCUUCAUUGACAUGGAGAACAUGUUCCAGCUGUUUGAGGAGGAGGAAGAGGUGAAGGAUAAAGUAAAUGCAGGAAAUCUGCUGUUCAGACAGGGAAAAAUAGAAUUUGAGAACGUCUGCUUCAGCUACACAAAUGGCAAAGAGAUCCUCAGGGACGUUUCCUUCACUGUUCUUCCGGGACAAACAGUUGCACUGGUUGGGCCAUCUGGUUCUGGGAAGAGCACCAUCAUUCGACUGCUGUUCCGCUUCUACGACGUUCAGGGGGGCUGCAUUCGCAUCGAUGGCCAGGACAUCUCAGAGGUGAAGCAAGCAUCUCUGCGCGCUCACAUCGGCGUGGUUCCCCAGGAUACCGUCCUCUUCAACGACAUCAUCAGGGAAAACAUUCGCUACGGUCGCAACACCGCCACUGACCAGGAGGUGGAGGAGGCCGCCGUCGCCGCUGACAUACACGAUAAAAUCAUGACGUUCCCUGAAGGUUACGACACACAGGUGGGCGAACGAGGCCUGAAGCUGAGUGGAGGAGAGAAGCAGAGGGUCGCCAUAGCCAGAACAAUCCUCAAAGCACCUCAGAUCAUUCUGCUGGAUGAGGCGACAUCUGCACUGGAUACACAAACAGAACGUAACAUCCAGGCCUCUCUGGCUAAAAUCUGCACCAAUCGUACCACAGUUGUCGUAGCUCACAGGUUGUCAACGAUCAUCGGAGCAGACCAGAUCCUGGUCAUCAGAGAUGGCCGGAUUGCUGAACGAGGAUGCCACGAGGAGCUGCUUCUCAAAAGAGGCCUGUACACAGAUAUGUGGAUGAAGCAGCUGCAGGCCCAAGACUCCGAUUCCUCGUCGGACACAGAGUCCAAAGAUCGCAAAUCUGAGAAACUCCAACCGCCGUCCACCUCUUCAGCCAACCAUCAUCACUGAUUGAGAUUACAACAAUAAAUACAAUCUUUUUUUUAAACUGAUGCUUUAUUUAAAAGUUACAGAACAUUUAGUAAGGUGAAACUAUUAUUUAUUUAGUCACUUUAUGUUCAUGUGCAAUGUUAGGUCAGGUAGAAAUCAAGGUGCCUUUAAAUGUGAGGAGGUCGUGACACUAUGUUCAAAACUAUAAAAUACUCAUUUCCUUCCUAUGUGCUAACUCUUAAUUCUGUUUGUUUAUAUAUUUUGAUUAUCGAGGACAUUACCAAAAAACAAACAAAAAAAAAACACAUUUUUUAUUAAUGUUUAAACUGAAAAAGAAGUAACAUUUUUUGCCUCAUUUUCUUUCCCCUUUUUUUUUUACCAAUUACUUUAACAAGUUAAAGUAAGUUGUUAGAUCGUUUYGUUGUUUUUAUUGUGCAGCUUUAACUAGAGAAAAAAAAUGAAAAUUUAAAUGCAUAAAAUUUACUCUCAGUGAUAGUGUUGCUGUUGAGUUCAAGCAGUCAGGAUCUCUAAUUUAUUGUUUUUGUGGAUGUUUCUUUCUUUUUAAAUACGGGUUUUGAGUUGUGGGACAAACUUAUUUAUUUACAAAGGUAGCGACUGGUGUGUUUGUUUGCCUGAUCGCUGUAAUCUUACAAAUGAUCAAGAACUUUGACAUAAAAUGUGAUUGAAGUUGAAA